AUGGUUAAUCGAACACUCAUCUCUAUGUUAGGAACUUUAGACCCAGAGCAAAAACACAACUGGAAGAAAUACAUCAGUCCAUUAGUUCAGGCCUACAACUCAACAAUUCAUGACUCUACAGGAUACUCGCCAUAUUUCCUUAUGUUCGGCAGAGACCCCAUUUUACCCAUAGAUCUCAUAUUUGGAAUUGACAGAAAUCAACCUUCAAAAUCAACUUCUUCUUAUAUACAGAAACUGCAGAAGAAUCUCCAAAAUGCGUACCAACAAGCCCAAACUGCCCUCAAGAAUUCACAAGGAAGACAGAAGUUAUAUUAUGACACCAAAGUAAGAGGAAGUACUCUAAAAGAAGGAGAUCGAGUUUUGAUCAAGGUUGUAAAAUUUGACGGCAAGCACAAGAUUCAGGACAGAUGGGAAGAACAUCCAUACAUAAUCAUAGGGCAACCUAACAAUUCAGUUCCUGUCUUUCAGGUGAAAAGAGAAGAUGACCAAGGACGGACAAGGAUUUUACAUAGAAACCUCUUAUUACCUAUUGGGUCCAAGCUCGCUUCACCUGUUCCAGCACCUAGGCGUAAACUUCCAGGGAAGCCUAGACAAGACAGAGACACAGAGACAACACAGAAUCAAAGUGAUACAGAGGACCUAGACAGUGAGUAUUGUUUCAGCACAGUAAAUCACACAGUGCCAUUGCAACAUGCACCCGCUGUAGAUCAAGGUCAGAAUGCUCCCACUGUUACUGGUGACGAUCAGGAAAGUGAGGAGCACCUGGAGGAUGGAUCAGGGGAGGACGCUACCAGUCAGAAUAUUGAUGAAUCUGAUGAUCCAGAGUCCAGCGCAGUUGAUGAUGCUGAUGACGCUCAUGACGAUAGCGCAGUUGAUGAUGCACAUGACGAGAGUGCAGCAGAUGAUUCAGAUGAUGAUCUGAAUACUACAAGUGUAAAUAGUCCUGAACUUGAAGAAGACGACGAAGAAGAAAUCCCCAGAAGAUCAGGUAGAAUACGGAAGAAACCAGAUUGGAUGGGUGAUUUUAUUUGCAAACAACAGGUUUUAGAUUGGACGAAGAAGGCAGAAUGUUUUAAAGAAAUGGCGUCUGAAUUGAAAGGUAUGGACGAAGAGAUGUCGAAGGUAUUUUUGAAAAUGAUUACAGAGAAAUUUUAAUUUGUACUAUAUUUUGAUUUUAACGAUUAUUUUUCAGCAGUUAUCGAGGUAAGCCUCCUUUAAAUGACGUGGAAGUCAUUUCAAAAGGAGGGGGAGUAUGUAAGAGUGAUGAUUUAUUAAUUAAUUUCUAAUUAAUUAAUAAAUAUCAAAUUAUUUUGUAUCCUAUUUGUAUAUAUUUUUAUUUCAGCUUAUUAGUUAAGUGUAUGGUCAUUCAGGUGUAACAGACAGUGCUACCCUGUUAUUUGCCUUUAGGGUUAUAAUUAAGGUCCUGGCCAUAAGUUCUAUAAGUCAUUUGUUUCUAUUGGGUUUUAGUUUUGUGUUCUUGUGUUUUAUUGGUUUGUCAAAUUCCCUCCAAAGUGUUCUUGGUCUUUCUGGUCAUUCUUUGUCCAGAUUGUUGAUAGAGAGGUUCCAUUUUGUUGUGACAGAAUUUGACCAAUUGACUAUUGACUUAGACUCUCUUCAUCUUCUGUUAUCAUCUGGACUCCCAGCCAUAUACUGUAGUUGUGUGAUAAACCAUAUGGGAGCUUGCCUAUUCCCUCAGAAUGGGCAAUAGUGAAUAUAUUUAUAUCUACAACCAUUAAUAAACAGUGUGUCGAACCCUGACAGGUGUUUUCGUUAUUACGAUUCC